GUGUUCUCCUUGUUUGUAUCAUUUCCUAGUUAUGGAUUAUUUGUUUAAGCAUUUUCCAACUGUAUUCCAUUCCGUUUACACCGAGACUAUAACAGCCGCCAUUAUUGGCUGCCACUGAAGCCUCUCUGUCCUCGUUCUUGACUGUUCUCACCGUACAAUUUCACACGCCGUUCAGAUCCGCCGUCUUCGUUUUCUGGCCUCUUUCUACCUUGUUCCUAUUUGAAUUCCCGAUCUCCAACCAGACAUGGUGGAAAUGGUGGCAAUCUAUUUUAGCAUUGUUGCGUUUAUUUGCACGGUCGGAGCCAUUUCUCUGGCUAUUAUGCACAUCUACAGGCACCUUUUGAAUUACACUGAACCUACUUAUCAGCGAUUUAUUGUCCGCAUCAUCUUCAUGGUUCCGGUUUAUGCAUUAAUGUCUUUCUUGUCCCUAGUUUUGCCCAAGGGCUCAAUCUAUUUUAAUUCCAUUCGGGAAGUCUAUGAAGCAUGGGUCAUCUAUAAUUUCCUGUCAUUGUGCCUGGGGUGGGUUGGUGGCCCAGGAGCUGUUGUGCUAAGUUUAAGUGGCAGGGUUCUGAAGCCAUCAUGGUAUCUGAUGACAUGUUGCUUCCCUCCCGUACCACUGGAUGGGCGUUUUAUACGUAGGUGCAAGCAGGGGUGUUUGCAGUUUGUGAUUUUGAAGCCCGUUUUAGUUGCUGUUACUCUCAUACUUUAUGCAAAAGGAAAGUAUGAAGAUGGAAAUUUCAGUCCAAACCAAUCAUACCUAUAUCUCACUAUCAUCUAUACAAUCUCAUACACGGUGGCUCUUUAUGCUUUGGCAUUGUUUUAUUUGGCAUGCAAAGAUCUGCUUCAGCCAUUCAAUCCAGUUCCAAAGUUUAUUUUAAUUAAAUCGGUUGUUUUCCUGACUUAUUGGCAGGGUGUUUUGGUUUUCCUUGCUGCAAAGUCUGGAUUCAUCAAGGAUGCAGAGGAAGCUGCCCAAUUUCAAAAUUUCAUUAUAUGUGUUGAGAUGCUUAUUGCUGCUGUAGGCCACCUCUAUGCAUUUCCAUACAAAGAGUAUGCUGGUGCCAAUAUUGGUGUCUCCCGUGGUCUGACAGGAAGCCUUGCACAUGCCUUAAAGUUAAAUGACUUUUACCAUGACACAGUCCACCAGUUUGCUCCAACUUACCAUGAUUACGUUCUUUACAACCACAAUGAGGGUGAUGAGGGAACCAGGAAGUAUCGGUCACGCACCUUUGUGCCAACUGGUCCCGAGAUGGAGUCUGUAAGAAGAAACAAACAUAUUUUUGGAAACAAGUUGGAUGAUAUACAGCUCUCCAGUCUCUCAUCUUCUAGUACAAGCACUCCUAAAAAUCCUGACUCUGUAACUGAUUCUUCACAACCUGAUGCGAUGAGAUCUUCCCUGCUUGUGGAUGCCACAAAUUCUUUUUCUGUACCGUAUGAUAUGUCACUUAUUGAUUUGGAUAUGUCCGGUUACCCUUCAAAGGUUCCUGCCGCAACUGAAACUGGGACUAGGUGACAGCAUGAAGAAAGUGCGAGAGGCAGGUAAGAAAUGUCUUCUUAAAGGAAAGAAGGGGUUGAGAGAAAUGUCAAAUGCUGUUUAUGAUUUGAGAAAGCCUGAAUGGCUUAAUUGUGUGCUGAUAUUGGUGUCAAUGUACCUCAAGAGUUUUGAAGCUUGCAGUUCGCCUCUCUCCCUGUCACAAACAUUAGGCUUCCCACUAAAUCGUCUUGAGUGGCCUGUUUGUCCAUUGUGCAUUGUAGAUACAGAAGUUAAACAUGAAAUUAAACAUUCAAGAUUACUGUUCC